AGAGAGAAAAGGGAACGCGCUGUAACAGAGAGAAAGCAAACCAGCAAACCGCUAUGUCUUCCUGCAGACUUCAUGCUACUCAGAUCUACUGAAACCCCGCGGUGGUUGCUCUAAAUUAUGUCAAGGAAUUAACUUUGAUAACCACAUCCUAUGACAGCUUCUAUCGGGGUUUGUGUGUGCGCUGCAAGCUGGUAAUAUUUCUCGAUUUUCCACGCAGCGUGUUACCAAAAGCAACGUGAACUUGGUCAAAAAUCAUUGUACAGUAGUACAACAGGCUCGCUCCACGGAUUAAAGCUCAUCGGUCGGGCAGCGCUGCUGGGAGAGGCCCAGACUCCUUACAUCUGUACCACCGAGGACAUAUUCCUUGGAAAUGAAAGAGGGAAAAGGAUAAUCAUGCACUGUAUAGACAGGAGAGGACUAAGGAGCACGUGAAGAUGUCCCAGAAGGCAACUAAAACAUGGUGCCUUAGGCUUCUCCCAGUGCUCUUCUUCUUCAUCUCCUUUGUCACAUACUACUACUCCUAUGCCAUACUAAGCUACGGAGGCACCAGCAAGUCUCCCAACAGUAGCAAGUCGCUGUGUGGCGGCUGGCUAACCCAGAAGAAGUGGGAGAGCCUUGACUUUAAUAUAAGCAGACAGACUCAGCUCUUUCUGGAAAUGGAGGAUUUCUUCUGGCGGGAGCAUCUGUCAAAGCUGGCAUUACCUUAUGGCAUUAAGGGCAGUGAACAACUGCUACUGAAAGUCCUUGCUGUAACUGCAAAUUAUCAGAUGCCAGAAAACAUUGAAAACCUGGAAUGCAGAACCUGUGUAGUCGUAGGCAACGGCUUUUCCGUCAAAAACAGCUCGUUGGGAAGCAUCAUCAACAAAUAUGACGUGGUCAUUCGGUUGAACGAUGCCCCAGUGAGAGGCUAUGAGGAGGACGUGGGGAAUAAGACCACUAUGAGGUUUUUCUACCCCGAGUCGGCCUCGUACAACCCGGGACUGCACAACGAACCCGGCACGCUUAUGGUCGUGGUGCCUUUCAAGCCGCAAGAUCUCCGCUGGCUCAAAGAGAUCCUCUAUAACGAGAAGAGGAUCAGGAAAGGCUUCUGGAAGAGCCCUCCACAGAUCUGGUUGGGUGACUUCAGUAAAAUAAGGGUGCUGGACCCUCACUUUCUGCACCAGACUGCAGACAGACUGCUCCGGAUCCCUCUGCACCCCAAAAGCAAACAGCCCGUGCAUCCUACCUCGGGAAUCCUCGCUGUGUUUGUUGCUCUCAACUACUGUGAUGUGGUCCACAUUGCUGGUUUUGGAUACCCUCACACAAAGAGCCAAAGGCACCCCAUUCAUUACUACGGAUAUGACACCAUGAAGUCAAUGAAGAACUCUUACCAUGAUCUCAAUCAUGAAGCUGAAGCCUUAAAAAAACUGGAGGAUUCGGGAGCCAUUUUGUACCUGCACCCACAUCUAUGAUAGACACUUUUUCUCCAGUUGGAUUGAAUCCAAAAAUGUGACUAAAUACCAAAACGUAUUUGCAUUUGGAUGGGUCAAACCCAGCCAGAUCCUUAUGUGCCUUUUGCAGUGGGAUUCAAGACACUUUUUACAUGUAGUAAGUCAUCAUUAGGUGACAUAAGAGUAAAAAUGUUGAACUCUAAAGAAUGUUUAUAUCCCUGGCGCCUUAAAUUCUGUCAAACUAAGACAUAAAAAAGUGACUUUAUAAUGGCUUUCCUUCAACUUGUCAAGUUCUGUCUUUGGUGACAUGACUCAUACUGUUUAUGUUUUUUAUUCAACUGGGAUUUGAAUCACUACUGUACAUUCACAAUGAGUGAGCAGGAAAACAAUUCAAAGGCCACCCAGUUGUUCUGGGAAAUUACACCCAAUUAAGAUUGGAUAAUUACAGUGCUUUGAUUUAGUUUUUAGGAGCAUUUGAAGCUGUUGGCUUCUAAUUCAUACAUCAUAGGAAACAAGCAUUUUAGAUCUGCAGUUUCAAUGUUAUGUUGUUUUUUUGCAAAGAUGUUAAUGCGUUCCAGACAAAUCAGACCGGUUUAUUUCUUACACUCACUGUGGUUUAAGAUUCACUUUAACAAACAAGCAUCUGCUUUAUGUUGAAGGUAUGUUAAAAUCUACAUCAUUUCUUUGUGAACUUUACUUUUGUUGUACAUGUUAGUUUAAUUGAAAUUAAGAUGAAUUGAUCCCAAGCCUGAUUUAAACAGGAUUUAAUUCAUCUUAUCUUUUUUUUAUUUCUUGGACUGGAAAUACAACUUGUAUUUUGCCCAUUUGCUAGCGUUUUGAUUGCAGGUGUCUGGGGUUCUUAAGUUAUUUCAUCCUUUUUACUUUGUUGCUUUUUUUGUAGAAACAAAACCAAUAAAUGGUACCACUGGAUAUUUUUACUGUACAGAAUGAAAUACAUUUUAAAUUAAAAAGAAAUCAAAAUGGA